AUGUUCACAGGCAUCGUUGAGCUGAUGGGCACGGUUGCGGAGUACAACCCGCAGGACGACACAGAGAGUGGCGGACACGGCGUCUCUUUGACCAUCAAGGACGCAUCGGAGAUCCUGACCGACUGCCAUCUUGGAGACUCGAUUGCAGUGAACGGGACGUGUUUGACGGUGACGGAGUUUGACGCGGACACGUUCAAGGUGGGUGUGUCGUUGGAGACGUUGAAGAAAACCGACUUGGGCUCGCUCAAGACGGGUAGCAAGGUGAACUUGGAGAGAGCCGUGUCGGGGGAGACCCGGUUCGGGGGCCACAUGGUGCAGGGCCACGUCGACACGGUUGCACAGAUCGUCGGCAGGGAGAAGGAGACGAACUCGAUCAUCUUCACGUUCCGGCUGCGGGACGCGGAGUUCAUGAGCUACAUCGUGCACAAGGGCUUCAUCUGUAUCGACGGCACGAGCUUGACGGUCAUCAACGUGGACUACGGCGCCAAGACGUUCAAGAUCAUGAUGGUGGCGUACACGCAGUCGAAGGUGAUCAUGCCGCUGAAGCAGGUGGGCGACUGGGUCAACAUCGAGGUCGACUUGACCGGGAAGUUGACCGCCGCCGUGGUGGAGCACGCCCUCGAGAGCCAGUUGGACCCGCAGAACGCAGACUCCCCGUUGCAGCGGUACAUCACCAACGCCAUCGAGAGGAUCCUUGACGAAAAGCUGCACCCGAAAUAG